AUGUAUCAACAUCUUCAUAUGGCUAUGGAACAUGCUGAGAGAAAACUGCAAACUAGUAAAAAACAAAAUAAUAUUCGACGUCGUCGAAAACCAACCGACACGGUCGCAGACACAGUACUUGAUGAUUCUUUAGCACAUUAUGAUGAUCAAAUGGAGCAAGAAUCAAUCGACCAGGUUGAAGCGGGACAACAAUCGUUAACUCAUCCUGAUGAAACAUUACAUUUUGAAUAUAAUCUAAAAGAUGAUUUUCAGGAUGACCCUACAGAUGAUGUUAAAAGCAAUUUUGCAGAUGAUUUUGAUCUUAAAACGUUGGAAGAAGAUUCUACGGAGGUUAAUAGUACACUAGAUUUACAUGAAGAAGAAAAUUUCAAUGAUGCAGAUGAUGAUUCAAUAUUGGAUCACUUAUGCCUACCAAGAAAUAAUACAAAUACUUAUAAUCUUCAUUUGUAUACAACCACUAAAAUGCAUGAUUUUUGUCGACAGCUGGUUGAAAUUUUUAGGGACGCCAAUAUAAGUAAUGUUCAUUGUUCUCGAUUGCUCAAAUUGAUUAAUCAAGUCCUUCCACAACCUCAUAAUUCACCAACAACAUUAAAAUCUUUAUAUGGCGCCAUGAAUAUUGAACAGCUAUUUACUAAACGAUUGGUUUGUACGCAAUGCCAAAAUAUUUUGUCUGGUGAUGAGAAAACAUGUAGCAAUUGUGAUCCAUCAAAUAUUAGAUCGAUUGCGACUAUAUUUGAUGUUAAUCAACGAUUGGUAUUCACACAAACCUUGAAUCGUCUUUUAAAUGAUAUUGAAACUUAUCGACAACAAAUUAUAACCGAUCGUGCAUCACCACAUAAUAACAAUGGCAUCGUUAUUAAUCAUAUUUAUCAAAAACUAGAAAAUAAAUAUGGUUCAACGCCAUUUAUUUCAUUAUUAUUACAUCUAGAUGGUACAAGUCUGACUAAAUCAAGUAAACUUACCUUAUGGUUGUUAAGCGGUUCUAUUGUUGAACUUCCUGUGCAUUUGCGAUAUCGGCGAUUUAACAUGAUGAUACUUUCUGUUUGGAUUGGCUACUGUGAGCCGGAUAUUGAUUUAUGGCUAACGGAAUGUUUACAACAAUUAAACAUUUUAAAAACACAAGGUAUUACAACUCAAACUGGUAUUAAUUAUACAGUACUUAUUUAUGGAUUAACGGGGGAUUGUCCCGCUAUUAAAUUAGCCACUAAGCAUGUAAAUCACCAAGGUUAUUGGUGUUGUUGGAUGUGUUUUAUAAAGGGUAUUCACACAAAGACAAAAAGACAAUAUUAUUUUGAAAAAAACCUCGUUUUACGUUCAAUUGCUGAAUAUGAAACUUACUCAAAAGAAGCACAAAGAAAAAAGAAAAAGAUUUUUGGUCAUCUUGGUUGUUCACCAUUUGCUACUAUCGUUGAUGUUCCUUUACCACAAUGCAUUGUAAUUGACUAUAUGCAUGUAUCACUUCUUCGUCAUAUGCGAACCGUUAUUCAAUAUUUAUAUCAAAAAUAUCUAAAGCCUAAGGACAGAGAUGAGAUCGAUCAACUUUUUCAUAAGCAGAGAUUUCCUCAUUUUUUCAACAGAAAGAUGCGUCCGAUCAAAGAAAUGUCCUAUUGCAAAGCAACAGAAUUAAGAAACAUGUUAUUGUACGGACUGUUGCCACUUAUUCGAUUACUUCUACCUGAUUCAGUAGCAGCUCAUCUGUCACUCUAUGUAGCAUGCAUGCGAUUAUUUCAUGGACCUCGUAAACUUGGUUUGAAAACAGAAAAAGUAGCCAAUGAAUUGUUUAAUGUUUACUAUGAAGAUCAUCCAUUGUUUUAUAAAAGCAUUCAACACUUUACGUUACACUUGCAUUCCCAUUUUGCCGAUCAAUAUUUUCUACAUGGAAGUCUAUCAAAUCUGGGUGUCUUUGGUCAAGAAUCUCUAUUAGGUUAUUUCGUAAAAAAUAAACAUGGUGCACGAAACUUUGGGCAAAUAAUUACAAACAAUUAUAAUAUUGACUUCACAAUUAACCAUCGAUUACAAACUCAUUUAACGGAUCAUUCUAGUAAUAUCAACGAACUUUUUGAUCUUUCAAAUAUUUCAAUCGACGAAUUUCUUCGUAAAAGUCAUAACGAUUUAUCAAUGUUACCACGUCGACAAGUACUGCCCCGUCAAGUUUUUACUCCUACACAACAUACACCACCAGCAAGUCAUUAUUUAAUUGUUUUUGAGAACACGAACUCCUAUCAAAUAGCUGCACGAUCAAGUUUAAAGAAAAUCAAUGGUGCUGAUGUUUUAUUAAUGGUUCGAAAUAAAUUAGUGAAAGCAAAACUUAUUCAUAGUGGGUCGCUUGAAGAUUGUAAUAUUGAAUAUACUAGAUUAACUCGUAUGUUACAAUCAGAAACAGAUACACAAAAUCAUGAUGGUGAUGAUGAAAUUGAUGAAGUAAGUGUUGUUAAUUCUAACAAGAAGUAUGUAAUACGUCCGCGAGAUGAUCCAUCGAAUUUUUUAACAUCAGCUGCACCAACAUCACCUAUUUCAAUAAAUAAUUCCUCACCAGAAAAAAUAUCUGAUGAAAAAGUAAAUUCUGAUGAUGAAUUAGAAUCAUUUUUUGAUCAUCGUAAACGACGACGAAAACAAAAACAAUAUAAAUUAUGUAAAAAAAAGAAAGCAAUUGAAAAUGAAAUUUUGAAAAAUCAUCUUACACCAGACUCGGAUGAUGAUGUUGAUCAGGUUGAUCUGAACAGAGGACGUUGUGUUACUAAUGAAACCGAAUCAAGUAUUCAUACAAAUUCUAAUAUCUUGAAAGGUAUCAACAACAAAUUCAAUGAAUUAACUCAACAAUUAACUUUGAAUUCGUCCAAAUUUGAUCAACAAAUGAAUCAUUUAAACACCAAGAUAGAUCGUAUGACUUCAACUACUAAUAUAAAUCGGUUUGCCAUUGAGCCUUAUGUGGACAAAACAGGUGAGAAGUUUCCGGAUAAACUAAUGCAUGACUCCACUGAUCUUCUUGGGGUUUUGGGCACCGAUUAUGGUGAUUAUGCUCGUAAUAUAUUACUUAUUCUAUAUACCAAAGAAGAAUUACGAACAUCCAUUUUACCACCAGGUAGAACACAUUUGUCAAGAAAACCGCUCGAUAAAGUACGGUUUAAGAAGUUUACAGAUGCCAUGCGAUACAAGUUCAAAUUAAGUUCGGUUAAUUUUGGUCAAUUUUAUCGAACAUUAUUACGAAGAAAACUAACAGAUUUUUUAAUUGAAGAACGUCGACGUGAUGAGCUCAAAUUAGCUCGUCAAUCAUUGAAAUCACAAGCAAAAGAUACAAGUCAAUCAGAUAUUGAUGAAAUAUUCAAUUAG